GACAUGAGAAAGCAUGUCGCUCAGAAUCUACUGGAGACAGAACGCUCGUAUGUAGAUGGCCUACAAGCACUGAUCGAGGGUUACCUGAAGCCACUGAAGAGGCCGGAAAAUGCGGGGAUCUGCGAGUCGGAGCUGGUGGACAAGAUCUUCUACCAGAUCCCGGAGAUCCUGGAGCACCACCAGCACUUCCUGGAGCAGAUCACCAACCGCACGCGCUCCUGGCACCCCAGGCAGAAGAUCGGGGACAUCAUCGUCAACACGUUCACCAAAGACUUGUUGGUGGAGUCGUACAGAGCCUACAUCAACAACUUCCUGACAGCGAAGGCAGCAGUACGGAUGGCCGAGCAGGCCAAGCCUGUCUUCAGCAAGUUCAUAGAGCAAUGUGUCCGUGAGAACAAGGAGAAGCAGGGUUUGGCUGACCUGAUGAUCAAACCUGUACAGAGGAUUCCUCGCUAUGAGCUGCUGAUAAAGGACCUGUUGAAGCACACGCCAGAGGACCACCCUGACUACAGCAGCCUGAGACUGGCUCAGGAGGAGAUCCGUACCCUGGCAGAGAGGAUGAACCGAGGGGAGCAGGAGGUGGAGGAGAUGGAGAGACACAUGCAGCUGCUCAGGGAGCUGGAGGGGCUCAUCGAGGGGGUGGGGGAGGGCGAGCUUGUUGCAACCCAUCGGAGAUUCAUUCACCAAGACAUUAUAUAUGAGAUGCAAAAGGGCCAGCCUGGUAGUAAGAAGGAGAGGAGUCUGUUCCUGUUCUCAGACCUGCUCAUCUGUACAACAUACAAGAGGAGGACUGGGUCUCUCAGGAGGAGCUCCAUGAACCUGUUUUCCAUGAGCAGUAACAUUGACACUGGCAGCAAGUAUAAGGUUCUGUGGAAACUGUCCUUGGACCAAAUAGAGGUCAUCAAAGGUGAGGCAGUUGGCAGCAGCCGUGUGAACCUGGAACACAGUAUACAGAAGUUAGAGGAGGACCUGUCAGCUAUCAGGGAGAUGGUCAACAUGGCCGACUCACUCAACUCUCCUCACCAGACCCUGACAGAACUUCUGCAUGACUUGCUGGAAGUGGCAGAGAAACAGCUGCAGGAGAAGCAGGCCUUACAGCUCACCAUGAAGACACACGCCAACACCAAACUGGAGCUCACCACUUCUUCCCUUGAAGGCAUGGAGAACUUCAUCUAUAUCUUUGGCACACCAGAGGCAAAGUCAUCAUGGGAGACUGCAUUUUCCGAUGCCAAGCAGAAGCUAGCUUCAUCUAAGCAGUGCUGGGACCCUGUAUUCCUAAAGCCUAUCCCCAUCAUGAAGACACGCAGUGGUAUGCAGUUUUCCUGUGCGUCUCCAAGCCUGAGCAGUGUGACUGGAACGAACCGUUUUGUGUGGAUCUGUAACAGUGAUGGUUAUGUGGGACAGGUUUGCCUGUUAAGCAUGGGGAAAGACCCGAGCCUUGCUGCAUGCAUCUCGGUGUGUUCCGCUCGCAUCUUCUGUAUCACUGCUGUUCCUGCCAUCAACGGGGCCAAGAGAACGACAAGUACAGAUGAGGCGCCCAAAGCUGCAGCCAAGAAGGACAAGCAGCAGGAGUCUAAAGGUGGGAACUCAGACAGCAGUGAUGAGGAGGUGUCCUCCCCGACUAACAAGAACACCAUCCCCCCCAUCCGCACACAACCCUCACUAUCACCAUUCCUGUCCCAUCAACAAGUCGCUACAGGGAACAAGAGACAUGCACUAGUGAUCUCUGAAGAAAGCGACUCAGAUACAGAAGAUGACACAAAGGAAGCCGACAACAAGAAGACCCACGACGUGUGGACGGAGAUGACAGACAAACAGAAGCAGGAGGUGCAGCUGCGGGAGGAGGGAGAAGACGAGAAAUCUCGCCAGGCGGCUCUCGGGGAGGGAUUCGCCUUCAGGAAGACGAGUUUCGGCACGGCGGUGCAGGGGAGCCUAGAGGACCUACUGGUGUCUCCUAGUGCUGCUCACAACACCAUGUGGCUGGGGACAGAGGAUGGGUGUAUCCACAUCUACCAGUGUGGGGAUCCAGAGAACAUCAGGAAGAGCAAAAACAGAACCAAGUUGCAGCACACUGCAGCUGUACAGGACAUUCUGUAUCUGGACAACAAAGUGUUUGUGUCCUUAGCCAAUGGUGACAUGGUUGUGUAUCGAAGGGAGCCAGGUUGUGGUUGGGACCUGCAGCAGCCCAUCACCCUGACCAUAGGUAAUGUGAACAGUCCCAUCACACGUAUGCUGGCUGUGGCAGGGAGGGUCUGGUGUGGAUGUCAGAACAACAUCAUGAUCAUGAACACAACUUCUCUAACUGUGGAGCACUCCUAUGAGGUGACUGAUGACAGCAGCCGUGUGAUUAACUGUAUCGUGAGCAUGGGUCUGGGUGUGUGGGUGUCCCUGCUGGGGUCUGCACAGCUGCGCCUGUUCCACGCCACGUCAUACUCACUCCUGCUGGAGGUGGACGUCGCUCCUGCAGUUCACAAGAUGCUGGCAGGUUCGGAUGCGAUCAUCCGUCAGCACAAGGCAGCCUGUCUCAGGAUCACGGCCCUGCUGGCGUGUAAGGACCUGCUGUGGGUGGGGACCAGUGCAGGGGUGGUGGUGACCGUCCCCCUCCCCCACAUCACCACCAACACCACCAGUCUACGCCACGUCCCCACCGUGCUGGGGUCCUCGCACGGACACACCGGACAUGUACGCUUCCUCACCGCCGUCGAGCUGACCGCAACGAAAAGGAUGGGUAAUGUCAUCAUGGGGUCGUUGAAAAGUGGCGGCAGCUGGCGUUCCCAGGCUGAGGUCAGCCCCGUCACCCCGGCGCUGUCAAUGUUAGUGAUCAGCGGCGGCGACGGUUACGAAGACUUCCAUCUCAGUUUCCCCUCCGACACUGCCGGGCGUGACGACAGCACCAACCACUUACUACUCUGGCAGGUGUAGCCGAGCACUUCUACACACAUGUAUCAUAUUUUAUACACCCCAACAAAUGAAAUGUAUGUAAAAAUCCUUAUAUAGGAAUUAGAUAUCGAUGCCUAUUUUAAUUGUUGCCUCAGUAAAACAUAUAUUAUUAUGAUAAUGUUAAGAACACUUGUGUAAAGUAACUUCUCAUAAAUCCACUGUUAAUGUAUAUGAUUAUUUUUACAAGAAGGAUGAAUUUUGUACUUACUUAGCACAGAGGCAUCUGUGCGAAACAUAAUGCACCAAUUUUACAUUUUCUGUAAUAUCAUAGCAUAUAUAAUGGUACAUGGCUUCUCACUUAGUGUGUUUUAUAAGUCUGAAAUGGGAUGGGGCGCUGAGUGACUUUUAAACACAGAAAGUCCCAUCUUUCAAAGAAUGGUAUUUGAAUGUGAUGUUUUUUCCAAACAGUAUUUUGAUGUUGAUGAUGUGAAUGAAGCUUUGAGAGAAUAUCAGAAUUAUAAGAUUGUUGGGCAAAUGUGGGAUUUUGCACAAGGUGGCACAGCCAACACUUACAUCUGUACCAGUGUGUUGGACUCUGUUAUGCACAGAAAGAAAGACAUGUUCUGGUAGUAAGCCAUACAUGUAGAGAACAACUUAUAAAGGCAACAGUUUUUGCUUUGCAGAAAUUAAAGCUGCUUUUGAAAUUCACUGUAAAGAAAAAGAAAUGACCAAUCCCUUAUAUUUCGAAAAUGAGUUCAAAGUGGCUGUAUGAAGUGUAGUACAGUAAUUAUGUCUUUGUAUUGACCAUUAUAAAUACUCUGUUGUAUCUUGUGCCAAUUGUUAUAAUAGGAAUGUUAUGUAUGUUCUAAAGAUAUGAGUCUUAGCUGUGUACAGUGGUACCAUAAGUAAACAGUGAAUUUUUCCCUCCGACUAAUUUUUUUACUCGAAAUCUGAUAUUUUAUAAACAAUUUGAUUAAAAGAUAGGAAAGUUUCUUUUUGUACAAGGAAAGUAGAAAUACAGUGCAGAAAUAAAAGGUUUCAAACUUGUCAUUAUAAAUGCCAUAAAGUUUAUGAAUAUAUAGGCUUGUGUACCUUGAUAAAAAAUAUGUAAUUCAUAUUAUGAACUGCAUGAGUAUGUAUAGGAGACCACAAAGAUUAUUCAUGUAUUUGGCUAUCUUGCCUUGUCAUGAUGGCCUAGCUAUCUGAGGUAAAAUGUCUUUAGUGAUUUGUAUUUAAUUGACGUUGAUUAAAAGAAGAGGAUAUUGUGUAAGUAUGCCAUAGUUUUAUAGCCAUAUGAUAUUUUACUCUAUAGGAUUGAAGUCCCCAUAAAGGAUCAGUACUUAAUUUUCUAUUACAAAAGUCUUUCCACUGUUUUAAAGUUAAACAUGACACUGGAACAUCUCUUGCCAUUUUAUUGGGAACUUUCCAUACAUUGUAACAAAUUUUAAAGAUUAUCUUAUGAACAAUAAACAUUCAGCCUU